AUGAGUUUCUCACCACUCACCAAUCUCGUGCUUCUCUGUGCAGCUACGUUGCUUUUGGUCCACGCAAGUGCUCGCAAUUUGCAGCAAAUUCAGACUCUGCCUGUUCAAGGAGCUGCUUCACCUACCUUCAAUGCCCCUCUGGACGACCGUAAGAAUUUCAUAGUUGGCGGUGCUGCUGGAGUUGGAGGAUUCAUGGGGAUGCCUGGUGGAACCGGUAUGACAUUCCCGCUUCCAUCCGGGACACCGCUUCUUGGUGGGUCCGGUGCGUUUGGUGGCUUGGGCGGUGCAAUGGGGUUUCCUGGUGAUGGAUUUAAUGGCGGUGGUUCUGUUCCGAGUUCAAGUGGUGGUCUCGUGUCUCCAUGA